AUGAUAUCUAAACUUUUUAGAUUUACGAGUUCCUCUGAAGAAGAGAUUAAUAAAAAACCAAAUACACAAACAAUUGAAAUAAAAAAAGAAACUGAUUUAAUAAACAGUUGUAACGUUUCACAAUUGUCCAAUGUAAAUCAACAUAAGCUAAUUUAUAAAGAAAAAAAACUAUUUAAAUGUAAUGUUUGUCGAAUAUCAUGUUUUAGUUUAUCUAAUUUAAAGGAGCAUAAGUUAAUUCAUAUAAAAGAAAUGCUUCAGAAAUGUGAGGUAUGUAAAAAAUCAUUUAUUCAUAAAUCAAAUUUGUUAGUAUACCCAAGAAUUCAUACUGGGGAAAAACCAUAUAAUUUUAAGGUAUGUGAAGUAUCAUUUACUAGUUCGAGCAGUUUAAAUAGACAUAAGUUAAUUCAUACAGAAGAAAAGCCCUACAAAUGUGAAGUAUGUGAAAAAUCAUUUAGACAUAAAUCAACUUUGUCAGCACACACAAGGAUUCAUACUAGAGAGAACAUUUACAAAUGCAAUGUUUGUAGAAUAUCCUUUAAUAGAUUGUCCAGAUUAUUGCAACAUAAGUUUAUUCAUACUGGAGAAAAACCAUUUAAAUGUGAUGUUUGUAAAUUAGCAUUUGCUUAUAUGUCUAGUUUAAACCGGCAUAAAAAAAUUCAUAUAGAAGAAAAGCCCUACAAAUGUGAGGUAUGUAAAAAACCAUUUAGACAUAAAUCAAAUUUAUUGAAUCACACAAGGAUUCAUACUCCCGAGACAUAUAUUAAAUGUGAUGUUUGUGAAAUAUCAUUUGCUACUUUGUCCAAUUUAAAGCGGCAUAAGUUAAUUCAUACAGGAGAAAAGCUCUUCAAAUGUGAUGUUUGUAAAAAAUCAUUUAGACAUAAAGCAAAUUUGUUGGGUCACACAAGAAUUCAUACUGGUGAAAAACCAUAUAAAUGUGAUGUUUGUCUAAUAUCAUGUAUUACUAUGUCCAAUUUAAAGCGGCAUAAGUUAAUUCAUACAGAAGAAAAGCUCUACAAAUGUGAGGUAUGUAAAAAAUCAUUUAGACAUAAAUCAAAUUUGUUGGGUCAUACAAGGAUUCAUACUGGUGAAAAACCAUUUAAAUGUAAUGUUUGUAAUAAAUCAUUUACUGGUUUGUCCAAUUUAAAGCGGCAUAAGGUAAAACAUACAGAAGAAAAGCUCUACAAAUGUGAGGUAUGUAAAAAAUCAUUUAAACAUAACACUUCGUUGACUGUACAUGUAAGAAAACAUACUAUACAGAAACUCUGA